AUGGAACACCUUCCCAAGCUUAAAGUGCUAGUGUUGAAGUCUAACAAGUUUGCUGGAAACUUAUCACUUCAUUCGCCAACAAAACUUCCAUUUCCUAUGUUACAAGUUCUGGAUAUAUCAUAUAAUGCAUUUGUAGGCUCUCUACCAGAAAGAUAUUUCAAGAAUUUCAGAGCAAUGAUAGAGGAAAAGCAAAGAGAUGACAAAGAGAGUUCCUAUGACAGAGAAAAAGAAGAAGAUGACCAAUAUCAAGGUUUUGUGGGUAUGAUAGUCACCUUGAAAGGUCAGGAUCAGUUGUUCAAUGGACUAUUCGAAACCUUCACAACAAUUGAUUUAUCCUCCAAUAGAUUCUCUGGAACUAUUCCACCUUCCAUAGGAAAUCUUAACAUUCUCAAAUAUUUGAACUUAUCCCACAAUAGCCUCACAAGACAUAUACCUUCAUCUCUUGGAAACAUGAGGCAGCUCGAAUCGUUGGAUUUGUCAACAAACAAAUUGGAUGGAGAAAUUCCAGGUGAAUUGUCAAGGUUGAACAUUUCUUGCAAAAUUAAACCUUUCAAUGAACAAUCUUGA